UCCCAAACUAGAUCACACACACACACACACACACACACACAGAGAGAGAGAGAGAGAAAGGAUUUGGUUAGAUGGCGCUGGACAAUGCCAGGCUGGAGUCGCUCGCGGAGGCGUCACAGCUGGCCCGAGCAGCCGGCAGCGAGCAAAGCAGCGAAAGCGAAGACAUAAAAGUUCCGUCCAAAUCGAAACCAAAUAAUAUCUGCGCCAAGGAGCAGCAGCGGGAACGGGAACGGGAGCGGCAGCGAGGGCAGCCGCUAGAGUACAAAUAUAGUCCACUUAGUGGCGACUCCGAUGUGGACAGCGAUGUGGGCGAAUCGAUGAGCGAUGAGUCCAUUGCGCUGCUCGCGCACGAGAUGCUCUGCUGCGAGCACGAGUCGGACACGGACAGCGGGGAGGAUGAGCAGCAGCAGGAGGAGGAGGAGGAUAAGGUGACGGAGCAGAGGGACGAGGACGAUGAGGAUCUGGAGCUGGAGCAGCUACUCGAUCGCUGCGACACGGAAUCAAAGUAA